GCGCCUGUGCGUGGCCGCGGCGGAGGAAGCGGAAGGGCUGGGAAGAUGGCGGCGGCGGGGAGAGCCUGGGGCAGCCGGGGGAUGAAGGCUGCUGCGGGGAGCUGCCGAGCCCAGCUCCCAGCAUGGUGGGGGCUGCUUCUCGCCGUGCUGGCAGCGGGCUCCUGCCAGGGGAAUUCUGUCGAGAGGAAGAUCUACAUCCCCCUGAACAAAACGGCACCGUGUGUUCGCCUCCUGAAUGCCACCCACCAGAUCGGCUGCCAGUCCUCCAUCAGCGGAGAUACGGGGGUGAUCCACAUGGUUGAGAAGGAGGAGGACCUGAAUUGGGUGCUUGUUGAUGGCCCACAUCCACCCUACAUGAUAUUGCUUGAUGGGAACCUCUUCAACAGGAGGGUAAUGCUGCAGCUGAAGGGAACCUCACGAGUGUCAGGCCUUGCUGUAGCCAUUUCCAAACCUAGCCCUCCCCAGGGAUUCUCUCCUGGUUUGAAGUGCCCCAAUGAUGGGUUUGGUGUCUAUUCCAAAGAUUAUGGCCCUCAGUUUGCACACUGCAAUAAGACUGUGUGGAAUCCUCUGGGGAGUGGGCUUUCGUAUGAGGAUUUUGACUUCCCUAUUUUUCUCCUUGAAGAUGCCAAUGAGACACAAGUUAUUAAGCAGUGUUAUCAAGACCAUAAUGUUCCUCGUGACGGAUCUGGCCCCGAGUACCCUCUCUGUGCCAUGCAGCUUUUUUCCCACAUGCAUGCUGUCACCAGCACGGUUACCUGCAUGAGACGCAGCUCCCUCCAAAGCACCUUCAGCAUUAAUCCAGAGGUUGUAUGUGAUCCUCUUCUUGAUUACAAUGUGUGGAGCACCUUGCAACCUAUCAAUUCCUCUGGAAAAGUCGAUCCCGAGAAGGAAGUUAUUAUUGUCGCUACACGAAUUGACAGCCAUUCCUUCUUCUGGAACAUUGCACCUGGAGCAGAGAGUGCUGUCUCUUCUUUUGUGACCCACUUGGCUGCUGCUGAAGCCCUUCAUAAAGCAUCAGAUGUUCAUUUGCUGCAAAGGAAUAUAAUGUUCACCUUCUUCCAAGGGGAGACCUUUGAUUAUAUUGGCAGCUCACGAAUGGUGUAUGAUAUGGAAAAAGAUAAGUUUCCUCUCCGCUUGGACAACAUUCAUUCAUUUGUGGAGUUGAAUCAGGUGGCUCUAAGUAAUGACUCAAUUCUAUGGAUGCAUACAGACCCUGUCUCUCGGAUGAAUGAAUCUGUUGAAGUGCAGGUUAGAAACUUGCUAGAUAUUCUGAGUAAUAGCAGCGUGGGAGCAAACAUGACUUUGCAAGAAGCUGGAUAUUCGCAGCCUCUUCCCCCAUCUUCCUUCCAGCGCUUCCUCCGGGCCCGGCACAUCCCUGGAGUGGUCCUAACUGACCACAAGACUGCCUUCCAGAACAGAUACUACCAGAGCUUGUAUGACACUCCAGAGAACAUCCGGAUGCAAUAUCCCGAGGGGCUUAGCCCUGAGGAGACCUUGGAGUAUGUCACAGACACAGCCAAGUCCCUGGCAGAAGUUGCCACAGUGGUCGCCCGUGCUCUCUACCGGCUUGCGGGGGGAGCCAACAACACCUCUGCUAUUCAGGCAGAUCCAAAAACGGUGUCUCGAAUGCUGUAUGGAUUUCUGAUUAAAAUGAACAAUUCCUGGUUUCAGUCCAUCAUUAAACCAGACAUAAAAGGAAUUCUGGGUGAUGUUCCCCAACAUUACGUCGCUGUUUCCAGCCCUGUGAACACUACCUACCUUGUACAGUACGUCCUGGCCAACCUCACAGGCACUGUUGUUAACCUCACCAAGGAAGAGUGCCUGAACCCUGAAAAAACACCCAGCAGUGAGAAAGAACUGUAUGAAUAUGCCUGGGUGCAGGGUUCUCUGGAGCCAAACUCAACAUCACGAGUCCCUUACUGUGUUCGGUCAACUGUUCACCUAAGCAAAGCACUCUCUCCUGCCUUUGAGCUGAGGCAAUGGGGAUCUACAGAGUACUCCACAUGGACAGAGAGUCGGUGGAAAGAGAUCCAUGCCCGAAUAUUUCUGGUAGCCAGCAAGGAACUAGAGAUAAUCACUUUGGUUGUGGGCAUUGCCAUUCUGAUCUUCUCUCUCAUCGCCACGUAUUUUAUCAACGCCAAAGCAGAUGUACUUUUUAGCAUCCCACGGGACCCUGGGGCUGUGGCUUACUGAAGAUGCUCUCGGGGCUUGAGAAGUCUUAGCCCUUGGAUUACAAUUGUCAAAGAUAAAACUACACUGGAAUGCCCCUCUCUCUGGAUAGGGAUGCAAAUGUUUCUCUCCAGAGCUUCCCUGCUCGGGUUCUGGGAACUGAGCCCUAAAACUUAAGAGACUUUCCCAGAAAACCGUGCCGACCAAGCCCUAAAGAAACUGUGACUGAGAAGUUCCCAAAACCUUUCUUUUUAAUUUGUCCUUACUUCUGAGCAACUUGAGAGGAUUGGUCCUGAAUGCCACUGAGACGACAAUGUGAUGGAUGUGUUCCCUAAAUGAAGGCAAGGGUGGAAAGCGUAAAGGUAUUUUCUCUGGGAUGUAUGUGGACCAGCAGAUUUCCAUGGUGUCUGACAGCACAGGUUGCCUGUUAAUGUCCAACAGUUGCUGUGAGUCUGUGUAUACUACAAUGCAGGGAGGGCAAGAUGUGUUUAACAGAUGAUUAGGUGUAAAAUGUCCUUUUUUUUAAUGGUGCAAUAUUUUCUGGGUUUCAUAUAUAUAUAAACAGUUCCGUUUAAUUAAAAAAAAAAAAAUCUCCACUUACAAAUUAACCCAUUGCCUGUUUUGUCUUAGUUGCUGCCAAAAGGACCAAAAACGCUGAGUGUUGCAAUGUGUUUUGGUCUUGGGAGAAAGAGAGUUUGUCUGAUUUGGUUUUUGACUCGCAUUGAAACUUUUAAUUCUUUCUACAGCUGGACAAAAGAAAGACAUUGUGCUCUUAGACAGGACAGGGAAUUAACUUGCUGUUGUUUAGACUGUAAGCUCUCCAAGGCAGGGAUGGCCGAUCACUCCAAACAGCGCUUUGUACCAUGGUACCUUGAUCUCGGUCGAUCCCUAGGCACUGGUAUAAUAAACAUGUUUUUUUAAUGAGCAUGCUCACACACUUUGUUUCCUUCGAUGCUAUUGCUUAGUGUCCAGCAAGACUGGACUCUCAGUGCUAGCGGUUGUGACUGACCAGGCACUUCGAUAUUCCUGGUUGUUCCUUUUGUAUGAAAAUUCACUUGUUCUUCAGCAAUCGUGAUUUAAAGGUGCAAUAGUGCUGUUGUCCAAAGCGAGGAGCUCAAAAAUAGGUAGAGAGGAUUAAUUCCAGAAAUCAGAGCUGACUAGCACUAAAGCAGACAUCACUUUCCCUUCCCUAGAGGACAGUGAGGGCUUAUUGUUUUUAAGUCUUUUCUCAAUGAGGCACACACUCUGGAGUUUUAAAGUAAUUCAGACCUUGUACUUUCAGUGCUACCCUGAGGGAGACUUUUUCCACUUGCUAGUGCAUCCUGCUAUCAGGAAACUGCUCCUGAUACUUGGUGGAAUGUUUCUGUGCCUGAUUUCUUUUAAUUUCUCCUAGCAAUGCUGAAGAAACUCAUAUCUCAAUUUACAUGGAGAUAUCUUGUCUUUACAAUAAGGAUUUUCAUAGCCUCUAACUCCUAAUCUUUGGACUCAUUCCAACUUUGUCAGAACCCCAGAAAAUCAGUUCCCCAGAAUUAUGCAAGUAAGCUAUUUCUGUGCAUGGAAGUACUUGGGGUGAGACGGAGGACCUCAAGACAGCAUGUGGUCUGGCAGAGAAUUUUGUAGAAUGUGUUUUUCCUUCCCUAAGGUAAGUUCAUUCUGGUUUUGUACAUAUCAAAAUGCAAAUGCUUAAUUCAAGGUGGAGCAGUGCUGUGUGGAGAGAUGUUGGGAUCAGUGAUGGCUAAUCAGCAAAUUGGGUCAAUAUACACAGGGUUCUUGAUAAUUUUCAAAUUAAAAGUGCGUCUGUCCUUCCCAUA